AUGGCCGAGUUUGUUCGUGCCCAGAUCUUUGGCACUACCUUUGAAAUCACCUCGAGGUAUUCGGAUCUGCAACCCGUGGGAAUGGGAGCCUUUGGUCUGGUCUGCUCCGCCCGCGAUCAGCUUACCAACCAGAAUGUCGCCGUCAAGAAGAUCAUGAAGCCCUUUAGCACCCCCGUCCUGGCCAAGCGCACUUACCGUGAGCUCAAGCUCCUCAAGCACCUCCGUCACGAGAACAUCAUCUCCCUCAGCGACAUCUUCAUAUCCCCUCUCGAGGACCUCUACUUUGUCACAGAGCUUCUGGGCACUGACCUGCAUCGUCUGCUCACGUCAAGGCCCCUCGAGAAGCAGUUCAUCCAGUACUUCCUCUACCAGAUCAUGCGCGGCCUGAAAUACGUCCACUCGGCUGGCGUUGUCCACCGCGACCUCAAACCCAGCAACAUCCUCGUAAACGAAAACUGCGAUCUCAAGAUCUGCGACUUUGGCCUCGCCCGUAUCCAGGACCCUCAGAUGACGGGCUACGUCUCGACACGAUACUACCGGGCCCCCGAAAUCAUGCUGACCUGGCAAAAAUACGAUAUCGAGGUCGACAUCUGGAGUGCCGGCUGCAUCUUUGCCGAGAUGCUCGACGGCAAGCCUCUCUUCCCCGGAAAGGACCACGUCAACCAGUUCUCCAUCAUCACCGAACUCCUCGGAACCCCGCCCGACGACGUCAUCAACACCAUUGCCAGCGAGAACACGUUGCGAUUCGUCAAGUCCCUGCCUAAGCGGGAGCGUCAGCCCCUCAAGGACAAGUUCAAGAAUGCCGACCCCGAAUCCGUCGACCUCCUUGAACGCAUGCUCGUCUUCGACCCCAAGACGCGCAUAACGGCCGGCGACGCCCUCUCGCACGAGUACCUCGCCCCCUACCACGACCCUUCGGACGAGCCCAUAGCCGAGGAGAAGUUCGACUGGAGCUUCAACGACGCCGAUCUCCCCGUCGACACCUGGAAGAUUAUGAUGUACUCGGAGAUCCUCGACUACCACAACGUCGAGGCCGGAGUGACGCCGAUGGAUGCCCAGUUCGCCGGCCAAUGA